AGCUCGUGUCGUACCGUUACCGAGAGCUGCGACCGGGAACCUGGAUAUCGCCACAGCUUUCACCAGCCUCGUCCCGGAAAAAUGAUUUCUGAAAGCAGCUCCUUCAUCAAGGGUGUGGUGCUUGGAGGAGUCUUCUGCAUGUUGGUUACGCUCCUCGGACACAUUAAGGUGGGCCAUGGGACCAAGGCACAUCACCACGAGCAUCAUCACAUCCAAGCUCCCAACAAGGAAGAUGUCUUAAACCUCUCAGAAGGGGAACGUGUGGAGCUUAGUAAAAACAUCAAUGUGUACUGUAUAAUCCUUGUCAAACCAAAAGAUCUGGGGCACUGGGCUGCAGCAAGGGAGACCUGGAGCAAGCACUGUGACAAGGCAGAAUUCUACAGCUCAGAAAAGGUCAAAGUGUUCGAUUCUGUGGCCGUCAACACAAAUGAUAUGUGGGCAAUGAUGCGCAAAGCUUACAAGAUCGCGUACGAACGCUAUAAGGAUGAAUUCAGCUGGUUCUUCCUUGCAUAUCCAACAACAUUUGCUAUAAUUGAAAAUCUCAAGUAUUUCUUAUUGAAAAAAGACCCCUCUCAGCCUUUUUACAUAGGCCACACUGUGAAAUCUGGUGACCUUGAGUAUGUAGAUGGCGAGGGAGGGAUCGUGUUAAGCAUUGAGUCGCUGAGACGCCUCUCCCGUGUUCUCGAAGACCCUGACAAGUGCCCAGAGCAGGGAGGUAUGAUUUGGAAACUGGCAGAGGACAAACAGCUGGCCAUCUGCCUGAAGUACGGUGGCGUGUUUGCCGAAAACGCCGAAGAUUCCGAAGGGAAAGACGUCUUCAACACUAAAUCCGUGGGGGCGCUCAUCAAGGAGGCCAUGUCCACGCACCCGCAGCAGGUGGUGGACGGCUGCUGCUCCGACAUGGCCAUCACCUUCAGCGGGCUGGCCCCCAACCACAUGCACGUGAUGAUGUACGGCGUGUACCGGCUGCGGCCCUACGGGCACUCCUACCGCGACGCCCUGGUGUUCCUGCCCCCUCCGGGCUCCGACAAUGACUGACGGGGCCUCGGGGAAGGCUUGGAGCAUGGCGUUGGCUCUUCUCACAACACACAGUUGUACUGACACGUUCUGGUACUGGUGUACAGGUUCUUUUGCACACUGAGGGUUGGGAAAGCUCUUCAUUUUAAAAGUGGAAGGAGAAUUUUUUUCUAAAUCUUUUAUAGAGAAAUGCUUUUGACAGUGCUGGAAUGAAAUUAUAAAAAGAUGUUAAUGUUUAUUAUAAAAGGAAAUUAAGUUUAUAGGGGGGGUUUGUACAUGUAAAUAUUUAUUAAUGAAAAUGAAAUGGACUUUAGUCUACUCUUAAAAAUAUAUUUUUGCAAGACUUUGAUUAUUUCAGUUCUUCCAGGCAUUUCUAGAAUGUCUUUAUACCUUUCUAAGUUGUACCAAUAAAACUGACUACAGAUUCAGUCUCAAAGACUGUAACUUUAAGCUAUUUCUUUUACCCUCAAUACACACUCAAUAUCUUGAGCUUAUACAGCAACUUCCACCUCAUAUACAGCCUUCUAACAGCAGGAAGCAAGGUGACAAGAAAUCUUGCAGCAGAGUAAUAUCAAGUGCCCUUUGGACUACUGUUUCUAAGCAGACAAAAGAAAAAGAUAAACUGUAUUUGCAUAGGUAUUAACAUGGUCAGGGAGUCUGUUAGCACAAGAUUAAUUGCUCAUUUAAAAUUUCACUCCAUCUAUAAGCAUGUUAGAAUAAAGGUUCAGUAUUAUUUUUACUCCUGUUAGUGGAUGCUAAUAGUGUUGACAAGGAAGAAUUUGGUUAAUUGUCAGUACAAUCUGAUGUUUGGUUUGGGGUUUUUCAUGCUCUUUUUUUUUUUUUUUAA